GUGCCCGGAACCAAGCUGCCGCCGGUCCGUGCACUCAGGUUCAAUCGCCGACGAUACCACGAACGAGCAACACGAGCGACUCGCCCCGGUGAUACCUUAACUUCAAGACCACAUCGAAUCGUUUAACACAGCCCGCCAUGGCCUCAGGAUACGGCUUGAACGGGGGCCCGUCCCGCUGCUUUCCCUUCUGGCAGGAGCUGCUUUCGUGCUACGUUAUCAACGGUGCCGAGGAAGAUGGCGCGGGCAAGCGAAAGUGUGUGCCCGCGAUGGAGGACUACUACGAAUGCCUGCACCACCGGAAAGAGGCUGCAAGGGUAAAGAUGCUACAAGCUGCCUACCGACAGUCCGAAGCCAAGAAGCUGCAGGAGAAUCCCCCAACGGCUGGCCAAAUACGGAAUCUUGGGUUGCUAGACAAGGAGGAGGAUACCAAGAAGGUGCUGGGGUCGAGCUAGAGCACUGCCGACAGAACUGCGAUUGCCAUCCAAUUCUGUGCAUAUUUGGAUGCCCAUUGGCGUCUUAUCUUGAAGAGGCUGUGAUGUUGCCGAAACUGAAUGACUGUUAUUCUUAGGCGAGCCACGCCAGUCAAUGGGUGUAGAGUGCCCUGCAACCGAGUGCUGCGCGGAAUAGGUCCUCUUGUUACCCCAGUUAUUUCAUACCCUCAAAGGACCCUCAGCGGCUGGAGG